GCUCUCCAUCCACGUUUGCAACUUUGCAGCGGCGGGAGGAGGAGCGGGCGGGCCGGGAGCCUUCCUCUGCCUCUCCGUCCCUCCCCUCGCCUCCCCGAACGCGCCCUGCGGCUGCUCCGCACCCGUCCCUCCAUGGCGGGGCCGGCGGCCGUGCGGCGGCGGGGCGCUGGGCCCGGCGCGGUGCUGCUGUUCCCGGCGCUGCUGGUGAGCUGGGCGGCGUGCCAGGCGCCGCCGGUGCCCGCCGCCGAGCCCCCCGGGGACGGCACCGAGCUCAGCAUCGAGCAGCGCUUCGUGCCCGAGAGCUGCCCGCGGGCCGUGCGGCCCGGGGACUUCGUGCGGUACCACUACCUGGGCGCCUUCCCCGACGGCACCCGCUUCGACUCCAGCUAUGACAGGGGAUCCACGUUCAACGUGUAUGUGGGCAAAGGGCAGCUCAUUGCUGGGAUGGACCAAGCCCUGGUGGGAAUGUGCGUGAACGAGCGGCGCUACGUCAGGAUCCCCCCCGGGCUCGCCUACGGCACUGAGGGAGUCUCUGGUGUUAUCCCUCCAAAUGCUGUGCUCCAUUUUGAUGUGCUUCUGAUUGAUCUCUGGAACUCAGAGGACCAGGUGCAGGUUCAGACUUACUUCAGGCCUGAGAAAUGUCCUCGGACUGUCCAGGUGUCUGACUUUGUCCGGUACCAUUACAACGGGACCUUCCUAGAUGGGACCCUGUUUGACUCCAGCCAUAACCGGAUGCGAACUUACGACACCUAUGUGGGCAUUGGGUGGCUGAUUCCUGGCAUGGACCAGGGUCUCCUGGGAAUGUGCGUGGGAGAGAAGCGCAUCAUCACAAUCCCACCUUUCCUGGCAUAUGGAGAAGAAGGAGAUGGUAAGGAGAUCCCUGGCCAAGCUUCCCUGGUGUUUGAUGUGGCUUUGCUGGAUCUCCAUAACCCCAAAGAUGGGAUUGCAAUUGAGAACCAGCAGGUGCCUGAGUCCUGUGAGCGCCGGAGCCAGACGGGAGACUUUGUGCGCUACCAUUACAACGGCACGCUGCUGGAUGGCACUUUGUUUGAUUCCAGCUACUCGCGGAACCGUACCUACGACACCUAUGUGGGCAAAGGCUAUGUCAUUGCUGGGAUGGACGAAGGUCUGCUGGGUGUCUGCACUGGGGAGAAAAGAAGAAUAAUAAUUCCCCCUCAUCUUGGGUAUGGAGAAGAAGGGAGAGGGAAGAUUCCAGGAUCUGCAGUGUUGGUCUUUGACAUCCACGUGGUUGACUUUCAUAACCCCUCAGAUUCAGUCAGCAUUACUGUUAACUACAAACCUUCCAACUGCACUGUGCUGAGUAAGAAAGGAGAUUACCUCAAGUACCACUACAACGCCUCGCUCCUGGACGGUACCUUGCUGGACUCGACACACAGCCUUGGCAAGACCUACAACAUAGUUCUGGGCUUUGGGCAGGUGGUGGUGGGGAUGGACAUAGGCCUUCAGGACAUGUGUGUCGGGGAACGCCGGACUGUUGUCAUCCCUCCUCAUCUUGGCUAUGGGGAAGAUGGAGUUGAAGGAGAAGUGCCUGGCAGCGCCGUCUUGGUUUUUGACAUCGAGCUGCUGGAGCUGGUGUCUGGCUUGCCUGAAGGGUACAUGUUCGUGUGGAACGGGGAGGUCUCUCCCAAUCUCUUUGAAGAAAUAGACCAGGACCACGAUGGAGAGGUUCUUCUGGAGGAGUUCUCGGAGUACAUUCAAGCUCAAGUUGACUCUGGCAAAGGAAAGUUAGCUCCUGGCUUUGAUUUUGAAAAGAUUGUUAAAAAUAUGUUCUCCAAUCAAGACAGAGAUGGAAAUGGUAAAGUUACUGCUGAAGAGUUCAAGCUGAAAGAUCAGGAGGCCAAAGAGGAACAUGAUGAACUGUAAGGAUCAGACCAGAGUCCUGAGCUGACCUACUGUCUGAAGGCCUGGACUGAAAAGGGGGUUUGGCAAGCAUGGCAGCACUCAGGUAGCCAGCCCAUGUCUGCCUGUGCCUGCCUGCUGGUAAGCUGUUGAAAUGGGAAGAGGUUUUGAGUUGGAGCUGCUGGGUCUGCGUGAACACAGGCGGGAAGUGCCUGGAGCUAGGCUGUGCGGUGGACAGAGUGUUCUGCACACACCUCCUGCUCUUGGGCUCAGCAAGUUCUCUUUGAACAGGGCAGCUUCACCUGGGUGGGUGGGUGGGUGCUAGGGAGAAAACUCAGCAAGUACCUUUUCAAAGUAGUAAAAAUCCUUCUGUAUUCAAAAUAGUUGUGUAGGAGAAGCAAACAGAAAAUACUCCCCAUGAAAAUAACCUGCAGGAGUCGUCAGCUGUUGAGGCCAGCUCCUCUCAGGACACCCCUGACCAAGCUGAUAGCAGUGUUUGCCAGCAGCACAUGCAGAGGACAGAGGCCACUGCAGAAUUGCCACAAGCUGUGAAUUAAAUUAACCAGGCCUGGAACUGUAGCCAUGGAUCUGUUGGGCUUUGGCUUCAGGAAAAAGUAAGUUUUGCUGCCAGCUGCCUUGUAUUGGAUUAAACUCCUUUGACUUAGAACCACAGAAUCAAACAGGUUGGAAGAGACCUCCAAGCUAGUCCAACCUAGCACCCAGCCCUGGCCAAUCAGCUAGACCGUGGCACUAAGUGCCCCAGCCAGGCUUGGCUUCAACACCUCCAGGCACAGAGACUCCACCACCUCCCUGGGCAGCCCAUUCCAAUGCCAAUCACUCUCUCUGCCAACAACUUCCUCCUAACAUCCAGCCUAGACCUCCCCUGGCACAGCUUGAGACUGUGUCCCCUUGUUCUGUUGCUGCUUGCUUGGGAGAAGAGACCAACCCCUUUUGUCUGCAACCUCCCUUCAGGGAGUUGUAGUCAGCAACGAGGUCACCCUUGAGCCUCCUAUUCUCCAGGCUAGACUUCUGCUGGCCUCUUGAAACAGUGUUUCCAUCCCUGCUUCCCAAACCUUUCUGGUUGCAACCUUAUUUAUAAACCUUUUGCUUGACUCUAAAUAUUAGGAUUGCUGGGUCCACGUGCUGUCAUAACUCCUGGGUGCAGCUGAUUUUGUGUUAGGCUCCUGUCUCCUAUUUUGGGAAUUGUUAGAGUGAGGAGUGAAUACUUAGCACUUGUGUAGCAGAGCAGGCUGGCAUGGGGAGCAAGCAAGAGGACAGUGAUGGAAUCAAGGAACAGCCUCAUCUGGUGUGUCUGCAAACCUUCCAGCCUGUCCCUCAGCACAGAAUCAGCCCUGGGAGUGCUGUUCAGAUUGUGAACUCCACAGGCAAGCAGUUGUUAGAGCUGUAGCUGCAGAGAGCUGUGCAACAGAGAGCAGACCCAGCAGGCCCCUCUCGGUACACUACAUGCCAAGAGCAGGGAGACACUGCCACAGCAAGGAGAAAGAAAGGGACUUGUGUUUUCUUUUAUGCUUUGUGCCUCGGUUCUUGCUUCUCUUGACCUGGAGAUGUGAGUUGUAAGCUCCCUGGGAUGCUCUCCACAGGAAUUGGUAUUUCAGUUGGAUGGAAACAGUUUGCUUUGGUUUUUCAUACACUUAGGGUAGGAGGUGCAGUGAGAAGCUGUUUGUCUGAGUUUGAUACCAGUUAAUGUUUGAUAACUGAUCUUUUUGUUAAAUAAAGUGUUGAUCAACUAUUGCUGUCACAA